GUCGGACAGCAGAAAUUAGGGUUCCUUGCCGCCUAUUUAAGUCGCGCUGCCUUCGAAUAGCCGCCGCUUUGCGAGAUUGAGUCCCAAGCUGUUCCAAGAUGCCAAAGCAGAUCCACGAGAUUAAGGAUUUCCUGCUCACUGCGAGAAGGAAAGAUGCACGAUCCGUGAAGAUUAAGAGAGGAAAGGAUGUCGUCAAGUUCAAAGUUCGCUGCUCCAAGUACCUCUACACCCUCUGCGUGUUUGACUCUGAGAAGGCGAAUAAGUUGAAGCAAUCUCUUCCUCCAGGUUUGAGCGUGCAGGAGAUUUGAAGAUUAAGCUAGGUCUAGUAGCUUCUGAAUCUAUUUCACUUCAGCAUAAAAGUUUUGUUAGUUUUUUAUUGAAUGGAAUUGUCACUGUCCUUGUGUUUAUGUAAGGAUCAUAUUUAAGCAAUUAUGUUGCUGAAGGAUUUCAAAUGCA